ACUGUUGUAAAGUUUAUUUACUUCCGGUGAACAGUUUCGUUGUUUCUUCAUGCUACAGUGGUUCAAGGUGAUUGUGCUGAUUUGAUAUUAUUAUUCCUAGCCAGGCGAGAUGGAGUCCAGUGAGGAGGGGGGCCUCAGUGUCGGGGGAGAAGAGAACUACUUCCAGGGGUACACCUUCACCGACCGCUCCCACUCCAGCCGGGUGGUGAAAAGCAUCAUGGACCUGUGCCUGGAAGACGGCCUGUUUGCCGACGUCACCAUCACGGUGGACGGCAAAGAAUUCCACCUGCACCGACUCGUGCUGUCGGCGCAGAGCAGUUUUUUCCGCUCCAUGUUCACCUCCAACCUCAAAGAGUCCCACAACCGCUGUAUCGAACUGAAGGAUGUAAGCGCUGCUGUUUUCCAGCUGCUGGUUGACUACAUCUACCACGGGACCAUUAAACUGAGGGUGGAGGAGUUGCAGGACACCUACGAGAUGGCAGAUAUGUACCAGUUAACGGCUCUUUUUGAGGAAUGUUCUCGCUUUCUCUCGCGGACUGUGGAGGUCAAGAAUUGUCUACAGGUGAUGUGGCUUGCAGACAGGCACAGUGACCAGGAGUUGUACACAUCUGCCAAACAUUGUGCGAAAAUCCACUUAGCCCAACUUCAUCUGACUGAGGAGUUCCUCAAUCUGCCGCUGUGUCUACUCUUAGACAUUAUCAAAGAUGGAGUUCCAAGUUCACAGAAUCCAACUCUGGCCAUUGAGUCAUGGAUAAAUCACAACAAAGUGGAAAGAGAAGAGUUUGCUUGUAUUCUCCAAGAAAAUCUGAAGGAAAUCGGUGAGAACGUUCACAUUUAUCUGAUCGGCAAAGAGGACACAAGGACUCACUCCCUGGCCGUGUCUCUUCACUGCGACGAGGACGACGCUAUCAGCGUCAGCGGCCAGAACAGCCUCUGCCACCAGAUCACCGCCGCUUGUAAGCACGGAGGUGACCUCUACGUGGUGGGCGGCUCAAUCCCACGACGCAUGUGGAAGUGCAACAUGCACACCAUGGAUUGGGAGCGCUGCGCGCCGCUGCCUAGGGACCGCCUCCACCACACCAUGGUGUCAGUUUCCAGCAAGGACGCCAUCUACUCUCUCGGCGGGAAGACGCUGCAGGACACGCUGUCCAACGCCGUCAUCUUCUACACAGUGAAGGACAACAUGUGGACGGAGACCAGCCAGCUGGACACGGCGGUUUCAGGAGCCGCCGGCGUCAACUUGGGAGGUACAAUCUAUUUGCUCGGCGGCGAGGAGAACGACAUGGACUUUUUCACCAAGCCGUCGCGCCUCAUUCAGUGUUUUGACACAGCAUCCCAGAACUGUCACAUUAAGCCGUACAUGCUGCCGUUUGCCGGGUGCAUGCACGCCGCCGUCCAUAUGGACGUCAUCUUCAUCGUAGCGGAAGGAGACUCGCUAGUUUGUUACAAUCCCUUGCUGGAGAGCUUCACUCGCUUGCGUUUCCCUGAAGCGUGGAGCUGCGUGCCGUCGCUGUGGAAAGUGGCCAGCUGUAACGGCUGCAUCUAUGUUUUUCGGGACAAGUGUAAGAAAGGCGACGCGAACACCUUGAAGUUCAACCCGGCGACGUCUGUCGUCUCCGUUAUCGGAGGGCUAAAAAUCCUCCUGACAAACUGGCAAUUUGUUUUGGCCUAACGUUUCCUCUUCCUUGCUCUGAAUGUACAUAUAUAAACAGACACAACUGUUGAGACACGCCUCUUCAAUCAUUUCAUCAAUCAAAUGCUGUUAUGGGUUUGGACAUUUUGGACAAUUGAAACUUUGUAACUUUGCGGCAAGUUUGGUGGAAAGCCCUUUUUCCCCAGCAUGCACCAGUUCACAAACAGGGUCCAUAAAGGCAAGCUUGGAAAAAGAUUAGUGGUGGUGAGCCAGGCCUUCUCGUACCAUUCAUUACUGUCGUACACAUUUUUGUCUUGACCAAUUAAUUGAACCCAUUACAGUGAACACGACUUCACUUUGGGUGAGCCAUAUAAUUUUUUUUUUUUUCCUGUUCGGAGGCACCUGAAACCUAGCACAGAUGACUUUUGGACUUUUUAUAUGCUCUUAUCCCGCCUUAGACAGCCUCUAGUGUUUUUACUCAACCAGUUUCACUGUUUAUAUAACCAAUCCAGCUAUUUGUAUGAGCGCUUGUCUCAUUGUGGUUGUGUUUGAUGAGGAGUCAUACAAUAUGUCGCUAUGGUGUAGCCAGUGAUGCGCAACGCGUAUGUUUAUUCACACACACGCAUGUACUUAACAUCUGUAUAAACCUUUGACAACUGUACAGUUGAUUGGAAAGAAAUGUUUCAGAGACUCCUUAAGUGUCAAAUAUUAAUAUGCAUAUAUAUAUAACAGGUGUUGUUGUUUUUUUUUUUUUUUUAACUUUUCAUAUGUGUUUGUCAUACAAAAGUAUUUUUUUUAAUGUACUGUGUUUCUGGUCAAAUAUAUCGCUGUAGCGACUUAAUGACGCUUUUUAAAUUCAACUUUUCUUGCCUUGGA